CUGAACUGGUCGGCAGAAGUUAUCAAAGCUUGGACGACUGAGAUAGAAACAAGAUACCUUAUUGCGUUCAAACUAUUUGUUCUCCUAGAUUCGGUUCUAUCUGAACUUAGCCAUGUCUUUGAUUGUGAAGGAGAAAACUACAGUCCGCUUGGUGUUCCUCGGUGCAGCAGGGGUGGGCAAGACGGCUCUUAUCCAGCGCUUUCUCCAAGAUCGUUUUGAGCACAAGUACAAGCGCACAGUCGAGGAGCUGCACGGCAUCGAGUAUGAUGUCGAUGGAGGCAAAAUCCGAAUCGAAAUCAUGGACACGAGUGGAAGCUACUCUUUUCCGGCCAUGAGGAAGCUUUGCAUACGGAACGGUGAUGCUUUUGCACUGGUUUACUCCGUAGAUGACCGGGAGUCGUUUAAUGAGGUGCAGAGGCUCCGAGAUGAGAUCCUUGAACUAAAAGAUGAGAAGCAUAUUCCAUUAACGGUGGUGGGCAAUAAAGUGGACCUUGAAAACCAGCGUUUGGUGCGCACUGAGGACAUCAUGCCCAUAGUGGAGUUCGACUGGAAUGCCAGCUUUGUGGAGGCGUCUGCUAAGACCAGCGAGAACGUUUUGGGAGUCUUCAAGGAGAUCUUGCGCCAGGUGAACCUGCCAAGUCGUAUAAGUCCCGCAUUACGAAGACGCAGGGAGACCAUUCCACAGGACAACAUCGGAGUGCGCAAAAAACCCCCGAUGAAGAAGCAAAACAGCUGUAUAUUGUCGUAGUCGUCCUGCAGAUGCAGAAUAUGCACUUCUGCGACCCUCUGCGUCCACCCAGCGCUUCCAGGUCUCACAGACUGAGAUCGGAACAGCUGGACUAGAAAUAAAAGUCAACGCGGUCAGCAAAAUGAGAGGAACAGCGAUCUUCCCAGUCGUUCGACGAGGAUGCAUACGCUGUGCUGGGAGCUUUUGCAGUGGCACAUCAGUAGCUCUCCAAAAAUGGACUUGACAGGCGUUUUUAAACUUUAAAUUUCGACUGAAAAGUGCCAAACUCUGUAAAUCAGAGCUGUCUGUUUCACAUGGUAGAUUAUAAAGUAUUAUUGAAUAUAUUUAUGAAUUAUUCUGUGAGAAGUGUACAAUCAAAACAGGUGCACAAUAAAUGUAAAGACCACG